GGUAGUAUGUUGAAGAAUUCUCAGAUCAGCGACGGGGAAGCUCAAUCAACGACUAUUAUCGACUAUAUAUAUCAAUACAUCAAGCAACACCCCGUGUGUUGGAUCUAAUAUUCAAAAUUUGUUAAGAUAUGACAUAUUUUGUCAGGCAUUAGGUUGAAAUGGGAGCGUCUAGCCGUUAAUUUAUGUUUUCAAGGUGAUAACAGCUCCGUCAUCACAAAACUAACUAGCUAGCUAGCUAAUCUUGCGGACUGAACUGAAAGAAGAUUAGGAUCCGACUUUGGACAAUUCAUAUAAAACCUAAAAGAAACAUGGGAAAUCAGUUGGCUGGAAUCGCUCCCUCACAGAUAUUGUCUGUUGACAGCUACUUCUCAGACAUCCAUGAUUAUGAAUAUGAUAAAAGUCUUGGCAGCACCAGAUUUUUCAAGGUGGCCAGAGCGAAGCACAGAGAGGGUUUAGUGGUGGUGAAGGUCUUUGCCAUUCAGGACCCCUCACUUCCCUUAAGCAGCUACAAGCAAGAGCUAGAGGAACUGAAGAUCAGACUACACUCUUGUCAAAACUGUUUGCCCUUUCAGAAGGCCACGCUCACAGAGAAAGCUGCCAUGCUCUUUCGGCAAUAUGUUCGUGACAACCUAUAUGAUCGAAUCAGCACACGGCCGUUCCUCAACAAUGUGGAGAAGAAAUGGAUUGCAUUUCAGAUCCUUAAUGCUGUUGAUCAGGCCCAUAAAUCAGGUGUGCGGCAUGGUGACAUUAAGACAGAGAAUGUUAUGGUGACAAGUUGGAACUGGGUGCUGCUUACAGACUUUGCUAGUUUUAAACCAACAUAUUUACCUGAGGACAAUCCAGCAGACUUCAACUACUUCUUUGAUACAUCCCGGAGGAGGACAUGCUAUAUAGCACCAGAGAGGUUUGUGGAUGGUAGUAUGUUUGGCACAGAGAGUGACCAGACCAUUCCGCUUGUGGAUCUCACUAGUAAUAGCCAGAGGACCAGAGGGGAGCUCAAACAGCCCAUGGACAUUUUCUCUGCUGGAUGUGUUAUCGCUGAACUGUUCACAGAAGGGGUCCCACUUUUUGAUCUGUCACAGUUGCUGGCCUAUCGCAAGGGACAUUUUCAAACCGAACAAGUUCUAAUGAAAAUUGAAGACCAAAAUAUUAGAGAACUGGUGGCACAGAUGGUGCAACGAGAACCUGAAAAACGUUUGACAGCUGAAGAUUACUUGAAACAGCAACGAGGCAAAGCCUUCCCAGAUAUCUUCUAUACCUUCCUUCAACCUUAUAUGGCUCAGUUUGCUAAAGAGACAUUCCAGUCUGCAGACGAGCGGGUGUUAGUCGUUCGAAAAGACCUGGACAAUAUCCUUCACAACCUGUGUGGAGGAGGGCACAUGGGGAAGGCUGAGAAACAAGAGAAGGCAUCCCAGGAGCUUGGAUCUGCCAAAGAACAUGGGCUGGUAGUUCUUGUGUCAGUCAUUACCUCCUGUCUGCAAACCCUGCGCUCCUGUGACUCCAAGCUGGCAGCGCUGGAGCUGGUGCUGCACUUGGCCAGCCGGCUAAGUGUGGAGAUACUGCUGGACCGAAUCACCCCUUACUUACUGCAUUUCUGCAAUGACUCUGUGCCUCGUGUGAGGGCAGAAGCUGUGCGCACAUUGACCAAAGUGCUGGCACUGGUCAAAGAAGUUCCCCGCAAUGAUGUCAACAUUUACCCUGAGUACAUACUGCCUGGCAUUGCACAUCUAGCCCAAGAUGAGGCCACUAUUGUCAGACUUGCUUAUGCAGAGAACAUCGCCCACCUGGCUGAGACAGCACUGCGUUUUCUUGAGCUGGUGCAGGAGAAUAAUCUCAACUCUGAACAGGACCUAAAUGGAGAAGAUGCUGAGGAAACUCUUCAUCCCAAUGAAAACUAUGAUUCAGAGCUGCAGGCAUUGCAUGAGAUGGUUCAGCAGAAGGUGGUGACACUCCUCAGCGACCCUGAGAACAUUGUGAAGCAGACGCUAAUGGAGAACGGCAUCACACGCCUCUGUGUGUUCUUCGGCAGGCAGAAGGCUAACGAUGUGCUCCUCUCUCAUAUGAUCACCUUUCUUAAUGACAAGAAUGACUGGCAUCUGCGUGGAGCCUUCUUUGACAGUAUUGUGGGUGUAGCUGCCUAUGUGGGGUGGCAAAGCUCAUCCAUCCUGAAGCCGUUGCUACAGCAGGGUCUGAGCGAUGUGGAGGAGUUUGUCAUCUAUAAGGCUCUCAAUGCUCUGACCUGCAUGUGCCAGCUGGGACUACUGCAGAAGCCACACAUCUAUGAGUUUGUUAGUGACAUUGCUCCAUUCUUGUGCCAUCCAAAUCUGUGGAUACGUUAUGGAGCUGUGGGCUUCAUCACUGUGGUUGCACAGCAUCUGAACAUUGCUGAUGUGUACUGCAAGCUCAUGCCUCACCUCAGCCCUUUCAUUACCCAGCCUAUUAUACAGAUUGAUAAGGAAAUAGUUCUUCUGAGUGUGCUUAAAGAGCCUGUGAGUCGUUCUAUCUUUGAUUAUGCACUCCGCUCCAAAGACAUUAGCAGCCUCUUUCGACAUCUGCUGCUCCGUCAAAAGAAACGUGGUGGCUCUAUUCCUGAGUGUCCUAUUCCUGAGGAUCCUGCCAUUGCACAACUGCUUAAGAAGCUUCUAUCGCAGGGAAUGACGGAGGCUGAGGAGGACAAGCUUCUAGCCCUGAAGGACUUCAUGCUUAAUCCAGCAAGGCCAAGGCCAACCAUCAUUGACCAGACCCACCUCAGUGAUGGUGCCCAUGGUGGAGUCAUCGACCUUUCCACGCUGGGGAUCACCGGCCGACAGGUGGACCUGGUUAGACCCAAGCAGGAGUCUGAGGACAAGAGAGCCCGUAAACACACGAAGCAGGACUCUAGCCUGAAUGAGGAGUGGAAGAACAUGUUUGGUUCCCUGGACCCGCCUACCACGACGCCAUCACUGGCAAUGAUGCCUGAAAGCGGAGCACCUCAGCCCUGGAAACCCAUAGCACUCCCUGCAGUUCAGGUGGUGCAGUCGAUGAGCGGCGCAUCCACCUACCAGCGGCGCGUGACCACAUGUAAAGUGGAGCUGCAGCAGUUGGUGCAGCAGAAGAGGGAGCAGUGUAACUCCGAGCGUAUGGCCAAGCAGAUGAUGGAGAGGUGCUGAGUGGAAAGCAGACCUCCACUGCCAGGAUGGCAUCCAAAAGGUCUGCUAGUAGCCCAUCUCCAUGAGCAUAAGUCUGCUGUGAACCGAAUCCGGGUGUCUGAUGAACACUCCAUCUUUGCCACAUGCUCUAAUGAUGGAACUGUGAAGAUCUGGGACAGCCAGAAAAUGGAGGGCAAGACCACUACCACACGGUCAGUGCUGACAUACUCCCGUAUUGGUGGUCAUGUGAAAACCUUGACCUUUUGUCAGGGAUCACAUUACAUUGCUACCGCUUCAGACAAUGGCUCCAUCCAGCUGCUCGCAGUCGAGGCCAACAAACCGCCCAAAUCCCCAAAGGUGCAGCCCUGUCAGACCAGGUUCCUGGACCUGAAGGAGGAUGGCUGUGUGGUCGACAUGCAUCACUUUAACUCCGGGGCCCAAUCUGUGCUGGCCUAUGCUACGGUCAAUGGCACCCUGUGUGGCUGGGACCUGCGCAGCAACACCAACACCUGGACCCUUCGCCAUGACCUGCGCCUCGGCCUCAUCACCUCCUUCGCUGUGGACAUGCACCAGUGUUGGCUGUGUGUGGGUACAAGUAAUGGCACAAUGGCAUGUUGGGAUAUGCGGUUCCAGCUGCCAAUCUCCAACCACUCCCAUCCAGCCCGAGCUCGAAUCAGACGCCUGCUCAUGCACCCACUCUACCAGUCCUCUGUCAUUGCAGCUGUCCAAGGGAACAAUGAAGUGUCCAUGUGGGACAUGGAGACAGGAGACAGAAAGUUUACUCUGUGGGCCAGCUCUGCUCCCCCCCUCUCAGAGAUGCAGCCGUCACCUCACAGCGUGCAUGGCAUAUACUGCAGCCCUGCUGAUGGCAACCCCCUUCUACUCACUGCUGGAUCAGACAUGAGAAUAAGAUUCUGGGACCUUGCGUACCCAGAAAGGUCCUACAUUGUUGCUGGUGGUGCCAAUGACUCCUUACACUGCCCCUCCGUGUUCUACAACCGCAAGAUUAUUGAGGGAACAGAAGUAGUACAGGAGAUCCAUAGUAAGCAGAAGAGUGGCUCCACCGAGGACACCCCUCGCAGAGGCCCAGAGUCUCUGCCUGUGGGCCACCAUGACAUCAUUACUGACAUCGCCACCUUCCAGACCACCCAGGGCUUCAUAGUAACCUCCUCUAGAGAUGGCAUAGUUAAAGUGUGGAAGUGAGAGGCACUGCUGAUGUUCCGGUCACAUAGAGUUCAAAGGUGCAAUGUGCAAUGUUCAUCUCAAGAUCACAUCAUAUUGGGAUUGUCCAAGAUGCCAACUAGUUUUGCAUGUGGAGAAGCAGCAAGUUAAUACAAAUACUACUACAUACAGGUGUGUAAUGUUUUUUUCUUCUUCUUGUGAAUACGUGAAAAAUGUAAUUGCGACAUACAGCAUAGCCAGACAUAUACAGCAUAGCCAGACAUAGUAAACCAAAUACAGACCUUCUUUUAGUUUAGAGAAUGGUUGGUAGCCAUCAGAAUUUCAGCUCUCUGAAGUGCAAAUAAGCAGAUGCACUGUGGAAGGACAGUCUACCGAUGUGAUUAGAGGAUAGCUGAGGACUGCUGAUUUAUUUAUUGUGUUUUGGUCAUUGAUAUUCUGAAAUAAAGAUGAUCAGUAAACAUG